CCAUAAGCGUUCAGAAAUAUUGAACUGGCUCUUUGGCUUGGUGUUGGAUAUUACUCUCGGGAAACAUUCUUCGGUCUAAAAGUAGAAGUUUAUUUCGAGGAAAUAACAUAAUAUAGAGUGCAUUGCAUCCGUACUUGUCUUGGUUGUUGCUUUUUCAACUGUUUUGCAAAAGUAAUGAAAAACUGUGUCUCACUCUUUGCAAAAUAAUAUGUAGCAUAGGCAUUCAGAUAUAAUAAUAUUGCACUGAUUCUUUGGCUUCGCGUCGGAUAUUAUAUUAGUAUAGUUCUAUUCGUAGGCUUACUCUCUCGUGUUUUUUCAGCUGUUUCACAAAAUAAUGAAAAAAUGUGUUUUAGAGUGAAAGAUCGUGUUACAAUGAAAGAGCAAGUAUUCUAUUUGGAUAAUGAAAGUACGUGUUUUUUAAAUCGAAGACUGUUCUUAUAUAAAAGAUCAUACUUUAUUAUGAAAGAUCAUGUUUUCAGUUCGAGUUCUCAACUACAUUUUUUAAAUUUGCACCACUAUCAUCUUUCCAAAAAGCAGCCUGCGAGAAUACCUACAGUUAUCUCCAUUCUUGAAUUGUAGAAAGAAGCAGAGGAAUCCAGUUUGGGAAAAUAAAAUAUUUGCAAAACAGAUGUAAGUGAACUUUGUUUAAAGACUAUACAUAGGCUAUAAUACUGAUCACAUAGCAUUGUGAAAGUACCAACUGUCUUCAAUACUUGUCGUCAAUUUCAAAAGUUGUAGCCUUUCUCUGAAACGUCAUGCUUGCGUUUGUCCCUCAGUUACAUAGAUUUUGACUGAAGCGGUAAAGUUGGAUUUUGGGAAACCAUAGACUUAAAUUAAUACUAUAUUAUAGUAACUUAGACCAGGCACUGUCGUGGCCGCCGCUCUUUGUUCAUAAUAAAAGUAUAGCUACACUGGUGCACACAAUGGGCACGCACAUCGAGGACUAAACACCAGUACCGAAAGAGUCGAGUGUGUGCACAACAUUUCCAUACUAUUACUAGCCCUUCGUUUGAUUUUUUUAAAAGAGCCAAAACAGUGCAUUCCAUAGUGAACCUCCAGUACGUCAGAAUGCACGACCUUGGGUAGGCCCUACUGUAAGGUCUAUGGGGGAAGCAUACUUCUUUUCAAAACAAAAUGUAUGCGUACUUUAUUACUAUUUCCUUAUUUUGGUUAAAGUAUCAGUUUUUUUCAACAGUAAACCUAAAUGUCAUUAUCUAUACUAAUCUUCAUUUCUGUGUUGUUAGCUGUUUGAAGAAACUUUGAAGUUUGUCUCGGGAUGUAUAUGAUCUUUGCAACACAACGCAUCUUAUUAAAUGAGUAUAGCAUUCACUUAGCUUGGGGAAAGUAUAGACAGACCGUCUUCAGCAGAGAGUGUGUGUUUCAUAACGAACCCCUGAAGUUUUAAUUAUUUGUCGGUCCCAAGAUAUUCUUUUACUUUGAAAAUGUAUACGAUAUAUUAAAAAUCAGUAUGAUUAAACACCUUAAUCAUUUGAGGAGCUACCGAUGUUCUUCCUUUUUCGCUUAAUUAACAUCGUGAAAGUUACAACUAGCGUCAGCUGUGAAUGUGGUUUUCACUUUUUAUACGAUAAGCCUUAGUCCUGUGUUUGUCCCAUGAUGUCGGAGAUUGGUUGUUGAUAGAAGCGGUGAGGUCCGAUUUGAGUCCGAUUUGCGGAAAACAGAAUGAACGCGUACUUUGUUCGAGGAAUUUAUUUCCCCUCUGAAUUUGUGGUAAAUACAGCCAUCCCCUUAACGCAGUGAAUGUAAAAUUUAGAUUCUUAUAUUCAAAUUCAUUUCUGUUUUGUUAAUGAUAGUUGAUAGAACGGCAAGGCCUGCUGUGGGAAUAUACUAAUGAUUUGUGGAAAACAAUACCUAUUUUAUUAGUGGAGUUCAAUCAACUAAGCCCCGUGAGAGUGUCAACCGUCUCUGGAAACGACUGUGAAUUUCAUUAUAAAAAGCGCUACGAUUCCUUCCUGUGUGUUGUUCGCCCCUCAGAAGCAAAGCCUUCAAUCCUAUGCUUGGAACGUUUCCACAUGCACACGAUGCAGCUUCCACGUGUGCUUUUGAUCCCUUUUACAAUCUCUGUCAUUGUUGGAUGUACAUUUUCAGAAGAUAACUUUAAUACAAGCAACUCGUACUCCAAGGAAGAUGGCGGCGUCGCAUCCUAUUAUUAUGACUGGAACUUGUCAUUGGAAAAGGCGUCUAAAGAGGUAUUUAAGUGGGAGGCUGGCGUAACUCAAGGACUACAAUUCCAUAUCGACUAUUGUGACCAAAGCAGUUACAUUAACGAAGAUAGCUCUACGCAGAAAAGGUCUACGUAUUGUUUUCAGGAUUGCUCAAAUUCCAAGUCGUGUUACGUCUACGGUACAUGUUGCCCUUUUUAUCAUCAGACUUGGGCUCAACGAAUUUUUGAUGAAGUUGACAGACUCACCGAAAAUACAACAACAGAUCGACCUGAAAGGAAUAUUUCUUCUAAUCACGACAAUAGACAUUCAGAUUUUGUACGCCUUGAGUGCACAGAAUUCGAUUAUAAUGAUAAGUACCACUUCAUCUUCUCGGAAUCAAAAUGUCCAGAGAGUGAAUCAAACAGCACGCUGCGGAACCUAUGUGAGGCGAGCCCUUGUGAAAGUCUACAGGGCUGUACCCCUAUCUCACGCAAAUCCACAGGGAUUGUGUAUAGAAAUGUCUACUGUCUACUGUGCAAUGUAAAUGGCUACACGGGCCGUGUAGAGACGGCGAGCGAUGGGAAUGGAUAUGGGUAUAUCCUGUCACUCAACAACAGCACGACGGUAUAUUAUUACAAGUGGUCCGUCCAGAUUUCUUGCAGACAUUACCAGACGUUAUACACCAUCAUGUCAGAGGAAGAACUGUUUCUGAAGUCACGUAAGUUAGACCAGUUGUGUGACAUCCGAAUCUCCCCUCCCUCGGAAAAAGUUGUACCACCUCCACAGAAGUGUGACCCUGACUUCAACCUCCCCACGGCCCUCGACAGCGGAAGUGAGGCUGGAUCUUGUGUGAUCAACGAUACGAGGCUCAUUCACUACUGCAAACAUAUAACACACCCGGUGUUCAGAACGAGUGAAGGCGGACUGAACCUGUUCUGUUUACUGUGCCAGGGGUUCCAACUCUGGAAGGUUCCGACCUCUGGAGGGCCAUUCCCCCCUCCAGGUACUACUGGUAUGGCACCACCGCCGGGCUACGUGACCCCAAUAUCCUUGCUUCUGGGAGUGACCAACAAGAUUUAUGCCGAAAUUACACUUAAUGACGUGUGCUCUAACAUUACAUGGAGAGAUAACCAAGACCUGCAAGGUGGCUGUGAGAGAGCAUCAUGUUCCCCCGGUAAGCGCCUGGAGACCAGUGGUAACUGUGCUACAGCUGUAGACGGGAUCAGAGGCCUGAGCUACGUUCUGUCAGUCACUCUGUCUCCAGACAGGAAAGUUGCUGUCUCCGAAACCCUAGUGAAACUUUUGAGCCAUCUCAUUCAUAACAAGUUCUCUCCCAUGUGUGAAGACCGCGAAGUGCACAUGUAUUUGACAGUUUUUGUCAAUCCAUCCGGGGUUCAGAUUCUGAAGUCGGUCAGCUUUACGGCUUACAUCAUGGGCAAAAUCAGUAUCGCCAGAGACGAACUUGAGACGGGUAUUCUGGGAUUGCUGCAGGAAGCGUGGGUGGUGAAUAGGACAAGCCAGGAACAACAACCGCUUGUUACCUUUAAACCUAUUGUCAUGGGAUACCAUCUUCAUCAGCGACUGAACCGUUCUAAUGCAGAAGUUUACAAUUAUUCGUUGUCCGCGGACUUUACUAAUGUUAUCCAGGAGAGUGUAGGUCAACCUUUGUCUGACCCCGUUCUAGAGCCACAGGAACUACUUGAGCUGAUGAAUUGCCCCGAACCCGAAACAGCCGAGUUCACUGAGGAAAAAACUCUCGUUCUCAGACUUGGAUUUACCGUACCAGAAAUUGAACAUCGGUGGCAUUCGAAGGACACAUUUAUAGACCUCACAAACACAAUCUCAUGCCCCUUUGUCAGUGUGAGUAUACUUGAGAACUUUACUCGCGAGUCAGAGAGCGAUGAAAUCAUUUUCCACGUUCCUUAUAAAAACGGGGUGGUCGAUGUGUCUUACAGCGCGGAAAAUAUGGCGUACGUGGACAAAAAUCUUCUACACGUUUGUAUUGACAGCUACAAGCAAAUCCAUUUUCCUGUUAUGAGAGCUGUGAAAAGUUUACUGGAGACAGCCCAGCACUAUUUCGAAAUUACGUGUUUUAGCGUGUCGACGGCGUGUCUCAUGGUGACGGUGUUCACAUACUGUCUGUUCCCAAGCCUCCGCUCCGUCCCAGGCAAGAAUAACAUCGGUCUGUGUGUCUCUCUCGCUCUUGCUCAGAUCUUUCUCCUCGUCUCUGUAGAGCAUGGAAAUCGUGGAGAGAUUCCUCCUGCCGCCUGCUUGACCAAUGCCGUUCUCUUACACUUAGCCUGGCUGUCUGCCUUCGCCUGGAUGUGUGUGUGCUGUGUCCACAUGUACCGAGUGUUCCGCUCGUCUGCUGGUCCCCAACGGUCUAAUCCUCGCUCGGACAACAGGCGUCAUCUGCGGUACUGUUUGGGGGCCUAUGGCUGUGCCAUUUUGAUAGUCCUACUAACGGUUGUGCUCAACUUAGCUUUGUCUCGGGGAGAGUCUUUCGGCUACGACAAGCACUUGUGUUUCUUAGAUACAUCCAGAUCCAUCCUGACUUUUCUCCUGUCAAUGCUGGUACCGAUGUGUGUUAUGAUUCUCUGUAACGCUUUCCUGUUCUCGUUAACCGUUUGGGAAAUCGCUCGAGUGGCCCGCCUGGGUCAACAACAAUGUAGCACCCGAGAGAGACAGGGGGUCAUGACUUACGUCAAACUGUCCACUCUGUCCGGUGUCUUCUGGGCUUUGGCUAUCCUUACCGCCCAACUUAACAUCACAGUCCUCAAUUUCGUGGUGUCGUCGUUGAUAGCUCUUCAAGGUGUUUACAUUUUCCUUUCCUUCAUUGUCAACCGUCGGGUUGGUUUGCUCUAUGAGGGACUGAUGAACCGCAACAACACGGCCAAAACCAACGAGCCCACGAAUUCUACCAAGGACAGAGAUAAGUAUCGACCUUCCACUGCCUCCGGACGUUCGACUAAGUCCGUGGGUGAGGAGGCGGGAAACAUCUACAGCGUGUCUCUACAGGUCAGCGGGUCGAAUGACGUCACACAGAACACCGCCGUCAGAAGGACAAGUGUGAUUGACACCUCUCCUCAUACACUGGUGCAGCGGCUUUGAGUUUGACAAUUCAAGCAAAUUAGUUUUGGGUUUUUUUAAAUUGAAAUGUAUUACGCCCUGAUCGACACUGUUCAGAUCUUGUAGGAGGCGGGCUGCUUCAACUCUGCAUGUCAGGGCCAGCCCAGGUUGAGUGAGACAUAACAUCCCAGCAGAAAGACGGGGAUACUCAGCCAACUUCCCCUCUUGACUUGUUGUAGUGAGCGUUUUACGGCACUUGCAACACAAUACGGUCAUAUAGGUGCCGAACACUGGGCGUGUCACAAGAGGGUAACAGUUUUAAAAAAGAGGAGGAGAGAUAAGGACGAUAGAUGUUUCAUAGGACAGAAAAGGAAACCACAACAGAGCAUCCGCCAACCACCCGCUGACGCCUGUUGUCCCAGUGAGGAUUGGACAUACUAAUGACCAGCAGGACGUGCGGAACAUUAACACCACACACACACAUAUACUGGUUUUUGAGUUUGUUCGUUCGUUUGUUUGAUUAAAGAGAAGCAUAUCGA